AGGUCGGGAGGACGAACCGGAGAAGCGCUUUCCUCUCCCGGGACUCGCCGCGAAAGUCCCCAAAGAAGAAGUAUAUAAAAAAAAAAACAAAGGAGCAGAAAAUUGGAAACUUUAGGAGAAGAGAAUUCACUCAUCUUCCACUUCAUCUCUCUUUUUUUCUCUCUCUUUCUGUGUAUGUGCUGCUGCUGGGAUUCUCUUUUUUGGGUGGGAUUCCUCGCAGGAAAGGAGGAUUUAGAGCCGGCUCCGUGGGGACGCUGAAGCGAAGGGGAAGAAGAAAGGAAGCAGCAGCAGCAGCAGACCAGUAAAAGCUCUUCAAUACAGAGUCUCUUCCUUCUGCUCUGGCAUGGAUCAGCAGGGGAAUGGGCAGACCCCGGCCAUAGGGGUUAGCAGUAGUGCUCAGAUGUCAUAUGGUUUGAGCCCAUAUCAACCCAAUCAAAUGGCAGGCGGGGCUCCUCCUGGAUCUGCCGGACAAAUGCAACCUCCUCAGCCUGCUUCUUCAGCGCAACUUGCGCAGCAUCAGCUUGCAUAUCAGCACAUCCACCAGCAACAGCAGCAACAACUACAGCAGCAGCUUCAGAACUUCUGGAGCAACCAGUAUCAGGAAAUUGAGCAGACCACUGACUUCAAGAACCACAGCCUGCCGUUAGCUCGAAUCAAGAAGAUCAUGAAAGCUGAUGAGGACGUGAGGAUGAUAUCUGCUGAAGCUCCAGUCAUAUUUGCCAGGGCCUGUGAGAUGUUCAUUCUGGAGCUGACCCUCCGUUCCUGGAAUCACACGGAGGAGAACAAGAGGAGGACCCUCCAGAAGAAUGACAUUGCAGCAGCAAUCACGAGGACCGAUAUUUUUGAUUUCUUGGUUGAUAUCGUGCCCAGAGAGGAUUUGAGAGAUGAAGUACUUGCAUCGAUGCCGAGGGCAGGAGGUCUUCCUGUGGGUCCUCCAGCCGAAGGCGUUCCUUACUACUAUGUGCCAUCUCAGCAUGGUCCACAAAUGGGUGUUCCUCCUGGAGUCAUUGCUAGUAGGCCUGUGACGGAUCAGUCUAUGUACAGCCAACAGCCUCACCCUUACAUGGCUCCUCCAAUGUGGCCGCAGCAACAGCCGCAACAACAGCAGCCGCCUGCAGAUUCUUGAGCAAGGACGUGGGCAAGUUUGUGAGUCAAUCAUCAGGUUGAAGGUUGAAGCGUAGGAGCUUCUUGUGUUGCCAAGGGGAGACCGCGGUGGGUCUGAGUGGCCUGGCUGUUGUGUGUAUAUUAUUACUGCCCUAUCAUUAGCUUCUUUUCUUGGGUUGUAGUAGUAUGUGUAUAGUUAAUGUAACUUAGUUUGCCGAAUUCCUUGCCGCUUUUAGUUUGCCGAAUUCCUUGCCGCUUUCUUUCCCUUUGAUGACAUCUAAUCCUGCUUUUUCCCCCCUGCAAAAUCUUGACUUGGUUUUGGCCAAA